GUUGCUCUUGGGCCUACAGUACUACCUGGUGGUGACCUGCAUCAUCCAAUAUAGGUGCCCAAGCCUCUGCUUCGCGCUCAUCGCCGGCUUCAACUCCGGAGGUCUCGUCUUGGCGACCCUCGACCUGGCGGGGAUUGGUGUCUUGAAGGUGAUCUUUUUGCAAGCGCUCGGGUCCGUCCCCGUUUGGAUUGCUUCGAUCAGCCUGGUGAUGGCGAAGAAGUCAGAUGAAGGCAUCCCGCUACAGACGGAGGAUUACCCGGCCGCUCCUCUGGCCUACUUCCUGAACCUGCUCUGGUUCGAGGGGCUUUUGUGGGUGGCCUGGCCAAGCCAGGAUGAGGCCGCCCUCCCGCGGCUCUUUCGUUCGGUGAUCUUCCUGGAUGUCUUCGAGGACGCUGGCACCGUCGCGGUCGAGGCCGAGCCCCAGGCGCUCCAAAAGGCGCUGACGCGGCAGGCGACCAUGAGCCUGCAGAGCACGAAGGCAGCACCGGAGCCUCUGGACGGAGCCGAAGUUCGUCGAGUGGAUCGAGCACUCUUUUUGGCGCAUUCAGCGCUUCGGCGUUGGGAGGCCCUGCCGCGGAUGAACAGCUUCAAUGAGGACAUGCGCAACGAAAUUCAGCGGUUAAGGCGCGACUUCAACCUCUGGCACGAGACUUUCCUCGGGGAACUGUCCAAGCGGAACAAGGUGGAUCCAGACACCGUGCUGCCGAUGGACCUGCGUUCUUGGCACGAGCUGAAUGACGAAGAGAAGAAGGAGCUAGAUCCCUUCUCGGGUGCAUUGCUCGGGCCGUUUCGUGGGGCGGACAGCCAAGCCUUCUACUACAACCUGGAGGGGCAGACCAUCGACGAAGCUCCCCACGAGGACAGCGAGGUCCUUGGGCUGGACCAAGUCAGAGACCAAGUGGAGGCCGCAGAGCGGGCUGUGCAGAAACUCCAAGGCCCUGGCGCCAACAACUUCAGAUACAGCAGUAGCAGUGAUUCUGACUCCGACUCCAGUGACGGCCCGAAGAGAGGCAAGAGCUUCGUGUUCACCGGCAACAAGAAGCCUUGGAUGCCAUCCUUGGAUCACACACCACACCUGCAGAGACUGCCGUGGAAGGUGCUCUUCUACUGCACACGAAGCCUCCAGGUUGGCUGGCUCCUGAUGACUGUCAUCUAUGUUCUGGAACUUUUCGGCCUCUUCGAGCUCAAUGUCCAGGUCGACAAGCAGAAAGAAUCCAUUGCAGAAGCGCUGGAGGAGAUGGAGGAAGAAGGGCACGAAAUGGCGGAGGAGAUGGUCGACCAUGGCGAGAGGCGGCUCGGCCAAAGGCGCCUCCUGGGCCUCCUGCCCUGGGGCCGCCCUGAGCCGGACUUCGUCUUCCGUAGGUGGCCCGCGCCGUGGCCCUCGGCUCUCAUUCGCCCGGACGCCCUGCACUGGUCUGCCGGGGAGUUGGUCAUCGGCACCCCAUACCAACUCUACCGGGCCGUACCUGGCAGCAACAGCUCCUGGCCUCUGCGUCGGAUAGCCGCCCUGCAGCCGAAGGAGGACUUCGCUGUGGGUGAGGUGCCGCUGUGUGAGGAGGCCGGGAGCUGCCUGAAGGCCACGCUCUCCGAGGGAUUCCUCCGUCUCAGUCUCUCGGGUGCGGGCUCCGAGUCGGCAGUGGUAAGGAUAUCGGGGUCCCCAUGGAGAAAUCUUGCAGGGAUCCAGGUCCCGUGUGAGUCGCUGCAGACGAUGCUAAGUGCAGCACAGCCCGAACCUGUGCAGGGACGGUGCCUUCUGAUUGCCGGCUGGGAUGGUGCGAGGCUGCCUGUCGCCGUGAUUCGGCGCCCGAUGCCUGGAGAACAGUGGCCCGAAGUUGUGCAUCCUUUCUUUGACGUGCCCUUCAAGAUCCCCGCCGGACGGCCUGGCGCUCUUGAG